AUGAAUUGGUUCCGUCGUAUCUGGCUAUGGCCCAGACGCAAACGGGUGCAUCGGACUGCUUCAGUUGAGGAUCAAGGUGACCUGCACGACGCCACGAUCGGCUACUUUGUCACAGUCUGUGUGGGUUCCCCCCAUAGGCAGGCCGCAGUGGAAGAUUCCAGCUUGAUGGGUGAUGAUACCCAAAAAGCCGCUGUCGAGAAUUCAAGAUGUGAGCGCUGCCAUGGCCGUCGUUCUACGAGUUAUCACUGCAGACACCGGGAAGCCUCAGUGCAGUACCAGCCGGUGGCAUAUGCUCACGGCGGCGCACUGGCUGUGCGGGCGCACGAAAGGCUCUACAGCAAGGGCCCUGGCUUCAAUCGACUGUGGAUUUACCGGCAGGCGGACGGGUGA